GCCAGCCUCGAGUUCCGUGCCGGGCCCGCCGGGAUAGACGCGGCCAACUCCCGGGUCAUGCUGGCUUGCUGGUAAUCCGUGUGCUUUCCUUGGCCUUCGGAAUAGCAGAUACGGAGAGACGCUUCGUUUCUUUUGAUAUGCCAGGAAGAAAUCAGGAGCAAGAAGCCGUGAUGUUUAUCCCCAGCGGAAAGGGUGGUCGGCGCCAGCUCCAGCGGUCCACCGGGGCCCCUUGGCAUGUUACAUGAAUACCCAUACAACAUGGGGUUGCGUUUGCUUGAGAAAAAUAGUGGGCACCCAAGCUUGAUGAAGUGAGCCAAGUACUGACGCAAAAAGAGGAGAUUGUAAAGCGUGAACAGGCUGCAUACUUGAAUGCUAUAUAAAAUAUGAAAGGCGAGAAGAAAGCAUGGGGAAAGCGCUGGGUGUUGUGAAACAAUGUGUGUCCGUGCGUAGCCUCUUCCAACGGAUAUGUAGAGAUGGUGUCGACAGCUUGACUGGUGAAAUAAAUCAGGUGUCUUCAUUUCCAAUCCUUACUUCCCAUCUUUUUAUAAUCAUAUUGUCUUGCCUCUGUUACUAUCCUCAACAUGAGCUUUUACUAUCUUUAUCAUGAUGUAUCACUAUCCUCUCAAGGCGAAUCUGUAGUGUAAGUAUUGGGUUCAGCUGACACCAUUGACUUUUGACAAAUCCUUUGCUAAUUCACCAUCUAGUAGAGUUCAUGUCUAUAAGAUGACACCAUUGAAGUGAGGUGACACAAUUGCACCAUUCCGCUAAAUUCGCCCCUCACUGAUCCUGUACUAUGCUCAUCAUGAUCUUUUACUACCCUCACCAUAUGGCAUGAUCUAUCGCUGACUCCCUGUUGUGAUGGUCUAUCACGAUUCUCAUCAUAGUCUUUUACUACAUAUUUAUGAUUUGCUCAUCCAGCGUUACUAAUCUCAUCUUGUUGCCUUGUUGUCUGGUUGAGGAAUCACAUCUGCUUUACGUACAUGUGACCUUAUCCCGUUAUUUUGUGUAUCUUUGACCUUAUCCUGUUUCCUCGUCCACUGGUGUCUUCAUCAUGUUAUCACCAUGAGUAAUCUGUAGCGUGCUUGAAGAAUCUGCUUCCUUCCAGAGUACUACCUAUUCCGCUUGAAGCUUAUGUUUGAUCUGGUUGAAGCAUUUACCUCAUCUGUUCAUUAUCAUCAUGUCUGUAUUGCUUCAUCUUGUAUAUAUCUGUUUCCUGCUUCAUUGUUCCUCAACCUGUUGUUUCCUGCAAUUACGCUGCUAUUCCAUGCACUAUAUUUUAGUUAGCAGUAAUUUUCAUAAACUCCUAUUCACGCUCCUCUAGUCAUCUUUCAGAACUUGAAGAAAAUUCAACUUGCAAGAAUUUGCCAACAAAUUUUUUUUGGCACUUGACAAUUUGGCUUGUUAUUCUACUUUAGUAAUAGGGUGGCAGAACAUUUAACAAUAGAGUGGCGCAAAUGAUUCCUUUUUUCCGAUACCAAUUACACCUGGCCGCUGGAACAACAUAAUAUCAAGGAUGCACACAGCGGAAAAAAAAGCAAUGCUGACACGAUUUGAGAAUCUCAUGAACAAGUAACCCACCGCUGCAAAGUACCAAUUGUCCGGCUCAUAGUCGCCAUGCACACAGCUUUCAUGGGGGCAUUGCCACACAACGAAACCAUGUGCGCACACGAACAGUGGAGCGUCAACUUCUCAUCCUCUGCAAAUACUCCCUGCCUACCCAGCCUAACCAAUUCUCAUCCGGUGAGCCACCAAUCUUGUUCCCCCGCGUAAAAAAAGCUCAGACCAGACCAGACACCAGCGUGCAUCAGGCCAUCAGCAGGUGGAGGGGCGACAUGCAUCCACCUACAUGCAAAGCCGUCUUGGUCUCAUGCCAAGGACGUGGCCUUGGAUAGCCUAGUGCCCUGCACGCGGCCUUCCGAACCGACGAUGGCCAGAUUGGAAGACCUACCAGAAGUUGGCCGGAGACGCAGAAUGGGGGCGGCCGGAUCGGGUGACAACCUACAGGGUGGAGGAGUAGGUAGACCACCAGGCAACACACAUGAUUCCUAGUUUAUUUCUACAGUUCAUACUUCAAUCUCCUCUAAUAAUUAUACAGUAUUUUAGCAGUAGAGUGGCUCUUAAAUUAUUAAGAACAAACAUGCAUAGUAACUCGGUCUAUGUUUGUACACAGGCCAAAUUAGUAAUCAUGCUCUGCAAAGGUGUCUAGGGCCUCAGUCUGGUAGGUAAAGAAGUGUAAUGGUAAUACAUGCCUCGGCUUCCAUUUUACCCACAAGCAAAGCAGGCACGUAUUGCUAACACCAUUCUGCACAGCCCUGUGUUCCAAUGGCAGAGGUGGUGGGCGGGUGGCCACCAUGGCAAUCCGGAGAGAAAAAAAUUGCCACUUCAAAUAUGCUUGGUGCGCCCAUAUGUCAGUAGAGCAAUACAGCCCUCCAAUUUGAUGACCCCAUCAUCCAUGUUCCUUCUUCUUUCCCAAAGAAAAGCAUCCACUUUUCUUUUCCAAAGAACAAAUUCCUUUUUUUUGCGGGGAAAAGAACAAAUUCCUUCCCCACAGGCCACAUAAUACUUCUCCUCUGAAAUACCUAAUGGCUGCUGUGGCCUGAAUCCUAUUCCUACCCAUCCACAAGCUUCAUUGCUUCAAGAUAUCCUAGAAACCUCGCAGCUCCAACGCUCACGCACACACCCACGCAUCGGCGCCUCCACAGUUUCACCAGAGUCACUGCCCGCUCCUGCGUUUCCUAGCCGGCGCCAGCCAGGUUCUAGGGCUGCUGCUGCCUACAUAGCUCGAGCUGGUCGUCGUCCACGUGCUGGUGAGGACCCUGUCUUCCUUGCCGCCGCUCAGGGUCGAGCUCGUCAAGGCACCCUGCUGUCCCAGCCACAAGAUUGUAUAUUGAGUUGCGGCCCCAACUAAGAUCACUGGCUGCUGCAACGCUGGACCUGCGAUCCACGUGCCGGUGAGUACCUUGGUGCUUUGCUGGACCUGGGUGCUCAGGCACAAGCUCGUGAAGGUAACUACGGCUGCAAGAUUGGAUUUUGAUUUGCAACUGGUUCAAGCUCCACCUCUACAGAGAUGGUGGUUUCCAUGGCCAUCGGGCCGCUGGUGUCCAUGCUGAGGGACAAGGCGUCCAACUACCUCCUGGACCAGUACAACGUGAUGGAGGGAAUGGAGGAGCAGCACAAGAUUCUCAAACGCAAGCUUCCGGCCAUCCUCGACAUCAUCACUUAUGCCGAGGAGCAAGCGACGGCACACAUGGAGGGUGCCAAAGCCUGGCUCCAGGAGCUCAAGACAGUGGCCUAUGAGGCAAACGAAGUGUUCGACGAGUUCAAGUACGAAGCACUCCGCCGUGAAGCCAGGAGUAAUGGGCACUACAGAAAGCUUGGCUUUGAUGUAAUUAAACUCUUCCCUACUCACAACCGUGUUGAGUUUCGUCGCAAAAUGGGUAUCAAGCUUUGCAGAAUUCUGCGGGACAUUGAGGCCCUCAUAGCAGAUAUGCAGGCCUUUGGGUUCAAAUACCAACCACAACCACAGCCGUCGGUGUCCAAGCAGUGGAGGCAGACAGAUUAUGUUAUCAUCGACCCACGGGAAAUUGCCAUGAGAUCCAGAGACAGAGAGAAGAAGAAUAUUGUUGAUAUACUACUUGGUCAAGCUAGCAAUCCAGAUCUCGUAGUUGUUCCCAUAGUUGGAAUUGGGGGCAUUGGCAAGACCACAUUAGCUCAGCUCAUAUACAAUGAACCUCAAGUCCAAAAGCAUUUCCAGUUGCUUCUCUGGAUCUGUGUUUCUGACACCUUUGAUGUGAACUCCCUGGCUAAGAGUAUAGUUGAAGCAUCUCCGAAGAAGAGUGAUGACAUAUACAAACCACCACUGGAUAGACUUCAAAAAUUGGUCAGCGGACAGAGGUAUAUCCUUGUAAUGGAUGAUGUCUGGAACCGAGAUGUCUAUAAGUGGGAAAGGCUGAAGGGGUCUCUUCAGCAUGGUGGUAGUGGCAGUGUAGUGUUAACAACAACUCGUAAUAAACAAGUUGCUGACAUAAUGACUCCAGACAAAGUAUGCAAUCUCGAUGUUUUGGAGGAUAGAUUCAUCAAGGAAAUUAUUGAGGCUAAAGCAUUCAGUUCGAAGAAAGAAAAGCCUGACGUGCUAGUUAAGAUGGUUGAUGAGAUUGUCAAGAGAUGUUCUGGCUCUCCUUUAGCUGCAACUGCGCUAGGCUCUGUACUUCGUACCAAGACCAGCGUGGAAGAAUGGAAGGCUAUAUCAUCUAGAAGCAGCAUCUGCAACGAGGAAACUGGAAUUUUGCCAAUACUAAAGCUCAGUUACAAUGACUUGCCAUCACACGUGAAACAGUGCUUUGCUUUAUGUGCUGUAUUUCCCAAGGAUUACACUAUUGAUGUGGCAAAGCUAAUCCAGCUAUGGAUUGCAAAUGGCUUUAUCCCAGAACACAAGGAAGAUAGUCUUGAAACUACUGGAAAGCAUAUUUUCAAUGAUCUAGCCUCAAGGUCAUUCUUUCUGGACAUAGAGGAAUCUAAAGACUACAGGGGGCUGUAUUCCAGAAAGACAUGCAGAAUCCAUGAUAUGAUGCAUGAUAUUGCAAUGUCUGUUAUGGAAGAGGAAUGUGUUGUUGCAAAUAUUAAACCAACUGAAACCAACUGGCUUCCAGAUAGUGCUCGGCAUUUGUUUUUAUCAUGUGAAGAAACUGAAGGUAUAUUAAAUGGUUCUAUGAAGAAAAGAUCCCCUGCUAUUCAAACACUGCUAUGCAAUAUGUAUAUGAAAACCCCAUUGCAGCAUCUAUCGAAAUACAGCUCUUUGCAUGCCUUGAAGCUAUGUAUAGAGGCAGAAUCAUUUCUACCGAAAGCAAAGUAUCUCCAUCACCUGAGGUACCUUGAUCUCUCAAAUAGUAAUAUCAAAGCACUCCCUGAAGAUAUAACUAUUCUAUAUAACCUGAAAAUGUUGGACCUUUCCUACUGCUCUCAUCUCCAUCGACUUCCAAGGCAAAUGAAGUAUAUGACUUCCCUUCGUCACCUCUACACUCAUGGAUGUCCAAAGUUGAAGAGCAUGCCUCCGGAACUCGGAAAACUCACUAAGCUGCAAACGCUUACAUGCUUUGUAGCAGCCGUUACUAGGCAUGAUUGCAGUGAUGUUGCAGAGCUGGAGCAGUUAAACCUUGGCGGUCAGCUAGAGCUAUGCCAGGUAGAGAAUGUUAUAGAAGCAGAGUCAAAAGUGACAAAGCUUGGAAACCAGAAGGAUCUCAAAGAGCUGGUAUUAACAUGGACUUCUGUUCGUGACAGCGAGGUGCUCAGAAAUUUUGAACCUCAUGAUGGGCUACGGGUUCUGAGGAUAUAUUCCUAUGGAGGAAAGUGCAUGGGUAUGUUGCAGAACAUGGUUGAGAUCCAUCUUUUUAGUUGUGAAAGAUUGCAAGUUUUGUUCAGAUGUGGUACAUCCUUCACUUUUCCAAGACUGAAGGAGCUUACGCUAGACCAUCUGUUCGAUUUUGAGAGAUGGUGGGAAGUAAAUGAGAGGCAAGAAGGGCAGACAAUAUUUCCUGUGCUUGAGAAGUUGUUUAUUAGGUAUUGCGGAAAGCUGGUAGCAUUACAUGAGGCACCAUUGGAACCAUGUAGUGGAUUUGGUUAUAGAUUGUUACACCCAGUGUUCCCUGCCCUGAAGGUACUCGAAAUGAAAGAAUUGGAGAGCUUUCAGAGAUGGCAUGCUGUGGUCAAAGGAGAACAGAUAUUGUUUCCUCAACUUGAGGAGCUAUCGAUUCACAAAUGCCCAAAAUUGAUAGAUUUACCUAAAGCACCAAAACUCAGCAUGUUAGAAAUUGAAGAUGUCCAGCCAGAGAUCUUCCAUUGGGUAGACAUAUAUUUGUCUUCGCUGACCAAACUGAUACUGAAGCUAGGAAUCACAGAAACAACAUCAGAGACUGUGUACACUUUAAUUGAACCAGUGGACAUGAAGGAGAAAUGGAACCAGGAAUCCAAUAUUACAGUUAUGAAGUUACGAUGUUGCAACUCAUUCUUUGGAUCAGGUGCACUAGAGCCGUGGGACUAUUUUGUACAUCUUAAAGACUUGGAAAUUGAUAGAUGUGGCGUGCUCGUCCACUGGCCAGAGAAGGUGUUCGAAAGCUUAGUCUCCUUGAGGAGCUUAAUAGUUAGAAGCUGCAAAAAUCUGUCUGGAUACGCACAAGCUCGUCUUCAGCCAUCAGCAUCCCAAAGGAGUCAUCACCUUCGAGGUCUAGACUCCCUUGAGAUAUAUGAUUGUGCAAGUUUGGUAGAGAUGUUCAACAUCCCAAAAUUUCUCAAGGAAAUGACUAUUGGUAAGUGCCAUAAGCUUGAGUCCAUAUUUGGCAGGCAGCAGGGCAUGCCAGAGUUAGUUCAUGGGCCUUCUUGCAGCGAGGCAAUCCCACCUACGGUUCUAUCGGAGUUGUCAUCAUCACCCAUGAAUCACUUUUGUCCAUAUCUAGAAUCUCUACGUUUAGUUAGAUGUGAUAGUUUAUCAUCAGGGGUUCUACAUCUUCCACCGUCCUUGAAGACCAUACUUAUUGGUAGAUGUAGUAAUAUUCGAAUCCUUUCUUGCCAGCUGGAUGAGCUCCCAAAACCACGGGUCACUGCUUCCUUAAAUGUACCAAAACCAUCAGCAGAAGCAAGAGAGCAUUCACUUCCUCCUUGUCUCGUAGAUUUAUAUAUAUCGGACAUGAGCAUGUUGGGGGGUAUUCUCUGUCUGCCUACCUCUGUCAAGUACCUGCAAAUUGAGGGCAGUGGGUUUACCUCGCUGGAGUCUCUGUCAGGAUCGUUGGUAAACGUUGGGCUUAUUGGCUGCAGUACCCUGGCAUCCAUACCGAAAGAAUAUGGUUCUCUCGAAAGGCUUUGUAUUAAAGACUGCCCUGCUAUAAAGAAGCUCCCUAGAUGCCUGCGGCAGCAACUGGACAACAUCGACGUAAAAUAUCUCGAUGCUCAUCUUGAAGUAAUGGCACUUAAACCAAAGACAUGGAAGGAAAUACCAAGACUAGUUCGUGAGCGGAGAAAUGCUGGAACACCCAAGCCACUCCCGCUCUGGCUUGAUUGAGGAUGAUGAUAUUUCACUGGAUUUAGAUGAUCACUUGGAACAUCUUAAACCAAUGGUUAAAGUAAAGAAAAUUAGACAAAGGAAAGUUAUGAUACUAG